UACCGCAGCCUCCUGGAGGAACUGGCCCAGAACAUCACGGCCGAGGACCUGGAGCAGCUCAAGUCCGCCUGCAAGGAGGACAUCCCGAGCGGGGAGAGCGAGGCCAUCGCCACCAGCCACCACUGGUUCAGCUUCCUGGAGAAGCACGGCAAGCUGGGGCCAGACACGCUCUCCUACGUGGAGCACAUCUUCGAGAUCUCGCGCCGCCCCGACCUCCUCACCACGGUCGUGCGGUACCGGACCCACGUGCUCAAGAUCUCGGAGGAGGACGAGGUGGACACGAAGCUCACGCGCAUCCCCAGCGCCAAGAAGUACAAGGACAUCAUCCGGCAGCCGUCGGAGGAG